UCCUUAAACUGCGGCAGGGCAAUCGUCACAAGGCAUUUUUUUAUUUGGAUUUAAAGUGGCCCGUAAACCUCAGAGGAGCACCGCUCGAAACUGGAAGGAGAGCACGGGAGAGACACGGUCCUCUUGAUCCCCCCAAAAAGCCCUGCUUUUCAUUGGCCGAUGGAGACUUUUUUCAAGUGCGAGUUGCGCAACUCAAAAGGCGAGGCCAGGUCGAUAAGAAACGCCAACUUCGCCCAGCCGACCGCCAUCGUCGUCCCCGAGCCACCUUUCAACGCGGAUUUAUAAUUCGAUCCUGGGAAUCUUGGGCCAAGGACGAUUUGCCACAUUUUUUUAAUCGGAAGAUCUGAUUUUAUAGGCGGCGGCGACUCUUCUUCUUCUUCGGGCCUAACUUGCUCCUCAGGUGGCGGAAACCGGAACCCUUUAGACCCGGAACUGAUCGAAAGAGGGAACGCAGAAGAAGCGGCGGCAGGAGCCCUUUUUUCCCCUUUUUGUCCUCCGCCGCAGGUCACGUGGUCGUACCACUCCUCCUUCCGCUGUACCCCCUUCCUCCUCUCUUUGCCUCACCCCCACCCCCACCCGUGGCGGAGAGCCCGGUGCGGCUGCAGCAUGGCGGACACGACCUCCCAGGUGCUGCUGGGCUCCGGCCUCACGGUGCUCUCGCAGCCGCUCAUGUACGUGAAGGUGCUAGUGCAGGUGGGAUAUGAACCCCUCCCGCCAACUCUGGGAACAAAUAUUUUUGGUCGGAAAGUCUAUCAACUGCCUGGUCUCUUUGCUUAUGCUAAACACAUUAUGAAAAUUGAUGGGAGGGCUGGACUCUUCAAAGGUUUGGCUCCUAGACUCUGGUCAGGAGCCAUUGGCACUGUAGUACACAGUAAAGUUUUACAGCAAUGCCAGAACUCUGACCAAAGUGAGGAAGUAGGGAAUACUCACAAAGAAUCUGGAUCUUCUUUCGAUCAAGUUAUCAAGGAGACUUCUCAAGAGAUGAUUGCACGUUCUGCUGCUACGCUAGUCACCCACCCAUUUCAUGUGAUCACCUUGAGGUGUAUGGUGCAGUUCAUUGGCAGAGAGACCAAAUACAGCGGGGUAUUUAGCUCUUUCGUCACCAUAUACCGGGAAGAGGGAAUCUGUGGAUUUUUCGCGGGCCUGAUUCCCCGCCUUCUUGGAGACAUCCUAUCCUUGUGGCUCUGUAAUAUGCUGGCCUACCUCAUCAAUAACUAUGUACUGGACAAUGGGGUCUCUACCAUGACUGAGAUGAAGGGUUACUCUCAGGCUGUCACUGGAUUCUUCAGCAGUAUGCUGACCUACCCCUUUGUACUUGUUUCAAACCUAAUGGCCAUUAAUAGCUGCGGGCUCGCUGCUGGCCUCCCACCUUAUGCACCAGCGUACACAUCCUGGUUACAUUGCUGGAGCCAGCUGCAUGGGGAGGGCAACAUGAGCCGAGGCAACAGCCUGUUUUUCCGGAAGGUGCCUGCAGGAAAACGAUAUGUGUGGGAAGAGAAGAGAUUUCAAUGAGUCCACAGCCUUUUGUGGCUGCUUCAGAAACACAGAAUGAUGGCAGUGUGUUGAUUUCUUACACAGUUCUUUUUUUUAAAAAAAAUAAUCAUUUAACCUUGGGAAAUGGACUUGAUUGUGAGCAUGACUUAAUGACAAAAGUAAAAGGAAAUCCUGUUCCUCCCUCUGAAA